UCGUGUGUCACCCAUUACGAUCCCAGGUGGUUCCCUGCAAUGCGUCUCUUUUGCUUAAUCGCUCUUCUAGGUUUGCAAGCAUCGAAAGCAUCUGAGUGGGGAUAUUCGGGCAAAUAUGGACCAGAAAAUUGGCCGGGAAUAUGUAUGACAGGAAAGAAGCAAUCGCCAAUUGACAUUGUGACGGAAGAUGCUAUAAGAGUUGAUCUCGGUGCUCUUAAAUUCCACCGAUAUGACUUCGCUUUUCCUAGUACGAUGAUUAACACUGGACAUUCCGUGCAAAUACUACUUCAUGGUGUACCACUUCAUCUCAGUGGCGGAAGUUUAUCAUCAGUGUUUGUUUUGGAGCAAAUGCACUUUCAUUGGAGUGCAGAGCAUACUGUGGAUGGUUUACGUGAUCCACUAGAGUUGCAUCUAGUGCAUUAUGAUAUAAAGUAUACAAAUUUUAGCGUAGCCUUGCAACAUAAAUACGGGAUUGCUGUGGUUGCCGUUCUAUUUGAGUUGAGCAGUGAUGAUAAUCCAGAUCUGUCGCCCAUUGUAGAUGCAACAAAGUUGGUAUCAAAUUGGGUGGGACAUAAUAUGAUACACGUAAGGAAUAAGCUGAUACCUUUAUUGUUCCUACCAAAAGAUCAUACUACAUAUUACAAUUACGAAGGAUCUUUAACUACACCCGCAUGCCAGGAAGAUGUAUUAUGGUUUGUUAUGACUGAGAAGCUUAAAGUGUCGGAAACGCAGAUGGACGUAUUUAGACAAAUGGAUGGCAGUAAUGGUACACUGAAGUUCAAUUACAGAUCAAUUCAAAAGCUCGGCGACAGAAGAGUGUACCAUCGUCUAGAGGGAUAUAUUAAUACGUCGUCGAAUAUUACUUGGAGUGUCUCUACAAUUCUUAUCAUUCUUCUAGUCAGAUUUUUAGACAAGAACUUUUAGUAUAAAAUAAAAA